GGCUCGGCCAGCUAGCUGGGAUCACUGUUUGUUUACUGACCGCCAGUCGCGCACGUCGCUUCGAAGAAGCUGUUACUCGGUUGUGCGGAUCGCGAGUUAAGUCGCUCGAAAGCAGUUCUCCUUGCCAUCCUUGCUAGAGUGUGAUUAUCCUGACUUCUAAAAAAAUUGAUAGGUUAUCCCUAGAAUCCCAGAAUGGCGACAUCGCGGGAGCAGUUCUUAUUCGGCAGCGACAACGGAGUCGCUGGACUCGGUCUGGGCAUCGAGGUCGGGGAGGUGAACUCCAGCCGGGUCUACAACACGACCACAGUGCCAGUGAGCACCAACGGAGGAUGGCGAAAUGCCCAGUCCAGUGUCGUUCCCCCACCAGUUCCCACUCCCCCUCAGGUGGCCUACAGCAAUGGAUCGUCCGCAACAGCCAGCAAACAACCGCCAUUGGAGCCCGUGGUCGAGGAGGAGGUCCACUUCGACACGGAUGCCCUGCACAACCUGCCAGCCAGGGAGCCCGUGGACAUGGAGUUCAAGGAGCUGUCCCUCACCGUCAAAUUGGGUUUUAAUCGGGGAUCCAAGGAAAUAUUGCACAAUGUUUGCGGAAAGUUUCCCGGCAGCCAGCUCAUCGCAAUUAUGGGACCUUCGGGUGCGGGCAAAUCCACUCUGCUGGAUGCCUUAUCCGGUUUCAAAACGACUGGAGUGGAUGGCUCCAUCUUGCUCAAUGGUCGACGACGUGAUUUGCCCUCCUUCCGUCGCAUGUCCUGCUAUAUUACUCAGGAUGAUCGCCUGCAGCCUUUGCUGACGGUGAACGAGAAUAUGCAUAUAGCCGCAGAUCUUAAACUGGGUCAGACAGUCAGCUACGAGGAGAAGGAGAGCAGGAUUGAGGAUAUCCUGCUGCUCCUUGGUCUCUACAAUCACGAUCAGACCCUCACAAUGCGCCUGUCCGGUGGUCAGAAGAAGAGGCUAUCCAUUGCCAUGGAGUUGAUCAACAAUCCCACUGUGAUGUUCCUGGACGAGCCAACAACUGGCUUGGACAGUAGCUCCUGCACAAAGGUCCUGGAGCUGCUCAAGCGAUUGACCAGCCAAGGUCGCACUAUUAUCUGCACAAUCCAUCAGCCCACGGCCAAGUUGUUCCAGAUCUUCGAUCAGGUUUACGUACUGUCAGCUGGCAAUUGCGUCUACCAGGGAAGCACCCAGAAAUUGGUGCCCUUCCUGCAGACGGUGGAUCUACCCUGUCCCAUGUACCACAAUCCAGCGGAUUACAUAAUCGAACUGGCCUGCGGGGAAUAUGGUUUCGACAAGGUGGACACCCUUAAAGUAGCCACUGAGAACGGAAGCUGCCUGACUUGGUUCGAUAAUCCUAGUGCGGUUUUGCGCUCUGAGGUUCUGAUGAGGAAGUAUCCCAUUCCCAAGAGAACCAAAGCCCGCUCGCUGGAGGACACUAGCUACUCGAACCAGUGUUCGGUGCUGUUGCGAAGAGGUUUCCUGAAAGCCAAACGAGACACGACCAUGACGCACUUGAGGAUCGGGGUCAACAUUGCGGUGGCAGCUCUUUUCGGUGCCAUGUACGAUCACACGGGACGCGAGGGAUCUCGAGUGCUGGACAACUACAAUCUGCUGUUUGCCAUCCUGAUGCACCAUUCCAUGACCACAAUGAUGUUGACUGUUCUGACUUUCCCCAUGGAUAUCUCUAUAUUGAUUAAGGAACACUUUAAUCGCUGGUAUUCGCUCAAAGCCUACUACACUGCUAUGACUCUUGUGGACCUGCCAAUAUCUAUCAUUAGUUGCUUCCUCUUCACUGUCAUAGUUUACUUAUGGAGUUAUCAGCCCAUGGAGUGGAUACGCUUCUUCAUGUUCUUUGCCAUCAGUUUGCUGACAGUGUUCGUUGGCCAUAGUUUUGGUUUGAUGAUUGGUGCCUGGUUCGAUGUCGUAAACGGAACUUUCCUGGCCCCAGUGCUAACCAUUCCCAUGAUGAUGUUCGCCGGCUUUGGUGUGACUCUGCGGGAUCUGCCAAGCUACUUAAGAUGGGGCAGUCACAUAUCAUACUUAAGAUACGGGCUAGAGGGCUUUAUAUCAGCCAUCUAUGGCCUGGAUCGGGGAGUUUUGGCCUGCGAGGAGGCGCCUUACUGCCAUUACAGGUAUCCUAAGAAAUUCCUAGAGGAAAUUACGAUGAGGGGUGAUCAGUUCUGGAACGACGUCACAGCGUUGGUAGCCAUGAUUAUUAUUUUCCGACUGGUGUCCUAUAUCGUGCUCAAGGCCAAGAUCAAGUCGAUUCGAUAAGUUUUGUAUGGAAAAGACACAGCUUUAGCCCAUUCCUUGUAUUAUAUAUUAAUUGUUGAACAUUAUGUUUAGUGCUAUUAAUAUUUAAAUAAUAUGUACAAGUACAUAAAACACUGUUAAAUAAAGCUACGAUUUGUAACUAGCCUA